GUUCGAGAGAGAGGGAGAAAGAGAAAGAGAAAGAGAGGUAAAUGGAUUUUCCAAUUCUCUCUUUUGAACCUUUAGGGACAAAUUCAUAAAAAAAGAAUCUGAUGGGAUGUGAAAAUUUUUAUUUUGUUUUCUCUUUCCUCAUUCUCUGAUCUGGAAGUUUGCAAAUUUUUCGGUGGUUGUUCAUCGGUGUAGAGUGUAGAGAAGAGAAGAGGGAGAUCGAUAUAUAUUGAUUGAGUCUCUCUUCCUUCAAGCUUCAUCGUCUGGCUUUCUUUGUUGUUCUGAAUACAAGGAUUAGGGAAUUUGGAGAGAGAAGUAACAGAGGACAAUGUGGCUCAACAAGGGAAAUUCAGAAAGGAAGGACGAUGCACGUGGGUUGGUAGCUGUUGCAAUUGACAAGGACAAAGGGAGCCAAUAUUCUUUGAAAUGGGCUGUUGAUCAUAUUCUCGGCAAAGGCCAAACUGUAAUACUAAUUCAUGUCAACCAAAAGGCCUCAACUCUUCCUAGUCCAACGGGAAGCCAAGUUUCAAUCUCUGAUGUUAGGGAUGAUGUCGCAUCAACAUAUAGGCAAGAACAAGAUGGCCAAACCAAGGAAUUGUUCCUUCCCUUUCGUUGCUUUUGUACACGGAAAGAUAUACAAUGCAAGGACGUUGUAAUUGAAGAUGUAGACAUAGCAAAAGCUUUAAUUGAGUAUGUCUCCCAUAAUGUAAUUGAGAAUUUGGUCGUUGGUGCCUCAACAAAGAAUGGCUUUAUGAGAAGAUUCAAGAGUACAGACGUAGCAACCACUGUAUCAAAAGGGGCACCAGACUUCUGCACAGUGUACGUCAUCUCUAAAGGGAAAAUCUCAUCAGUGAGAUCCGCCUCCCGUCCAGCUCCAACUGUAUCCCCACUUCGAAACCAACUACAAGCACAGAACCAACUCAGUAUCAAGUCUGAACCUGUAGAGUCUAAUAACUCAUACAGUUCAAGAGGAGCAGCUCCAUUGUCACCAUUCGAGCCCCCCCGCAACAGCAUACACAGUGAACUCGAAUCCAUGAAGUCACCGUUUACAAGGAGGGGCUUGAAUGGAAAAUCUUAUGGAGAGAUCUCAUUGCCAGAUAGUGAUAUAUCAUUUGUAAGCUCUGGCAGGCCAAGCGUAGAUCGUAUGUUCCCUCCAAUAUAUGACCAUCUCGAAUCUAGCCGGACACCACGGCUGUCAAAUUGCUCAGACCUAGACCUCCAAAGUUUCGAGUCAGUACAGUCAGGACCCAAAUCAGAUCUUCAUUCUAUGCAUGGGAUAUCAUCCUUCUCACACGAAAGUGAUUCAUCACAGACUAUGGAGGACGUGGAAGCUGAGAUGAGGAGGCUAAAGCUAGAGCUCAAGCAAACAAUGGACAUGUACAGUACAGCUUGCAAGGAAGCACUCACUGCAAAACAGAAGGCAAGAGAGCUCCAUCGCUGGAAAAUGGAAGAAGAGCGAAGAUUAGAAGAGGCACGCCUUGCUGAGGAAGCCGCACUUGCAAUUGCAGAAAAGGAGAAGGCCAAGUGCAAGGCAGCCAUUGAGGCAGCCGAAGCAGCUCAGAGGAUUGCAGAGCUGGAAGCACAAAAGAGACUAAAUGCAGAAAUGAAGGCCAUCAAAGAAUCAGAGGAGAGGAAGAAGGUGCUGGAAUCUCUAGCACAUAAAGAUUGCAGGUACAGGAAAUACACAAUUGAGGAGAUCGAAGCAGCAACUGAAUAUUUUUCUGAAACUCGGAAGAUUGGAGAAGGGGGUUAUGGACCAGUAUAUAAAUGUUAUUUGGAUCAUACACCAGUUGCAAUCAAGGUUCUGCGACCAGAUGCAGCUCAAGGAAGGCAACAGUUUCAGCAGGAGGUUGAAAUAUUGAGUUGCAUACGGCAUCCUAACAUGGUUCUCCUCCUUGGAGCCUGCCCUGAGUAUGGCUGCCUAGUCUAUGAAUACAUGGCCAAUGGAAGCCUAGAAGACCGUCUAUUCCGCCGAGGGAACACCCCAGUUCUCUCCUGGCAAGUGAGGUUCCGAAUAGCAGCAGAGAUUGGUACAGGGUUGCUCUUUCUCCACCAGACUAAGCCAGAGCCACUAGUGCACCGUGACCUCAAGCCUGCAAACAUCUUGCUCGAUCGCAACUAUGUCAGCAAGAUUAGUGAUGUUGGCCUGGCCAGGCUUGUUCCUCCGAAUGUUGCCGACAAUGUUACCCAGUACCGGAUGACAUCAACUGCAGGAACUUUCUGCUAUAUAGAUCCAGAAUACCAGCAAACUGGCAUGCUUGGUAUAAAAUCUGAUAUCUACUCCCUGGGGAUCAUGUUUCUACAAAUAAUAACAGCCAAGCCACCAAUGGGCCUGACACACCAUGUUGAACAUGCUAUUGAGAAGGGGAAAUUCACUGAGAUGCUGGACCCAGCUGUUCCUGACUGGCCAAUCGAAGAGGCAUUGUGUUUUGCAAAGCUAUCACUAAGGUGUUCAGAGCUAAGGAGGAAAGAUCGACCAGAUCUGGGAACUGAAGUCCUGCCAGAGCUCAACAGAUUAAGAAACCUUGCUGAAGAAAACAUGCCCAACAUUGUCCUGGUUGGCAGUGCAAGUGCCUCACCAAACCAUAGCAACAUUUCAAUGAACCAUGAUAUUUUAAGUGAUCCUCAGUUUGUACAAUCUGGAUAUGAAAGCUCAAGGAGUCGAUCAAGCGCAUCAUCUUUAUCUGUGACAGGAAGGCCACCAAGAAUAGAUGGUUGAUGACAGUGAGAGAAUCCAAAGGGGCCAAUAUCCAAGCUGAUGUAGGGAAGCAAGGCAAGGAUCUGAAGUCAGC